AUGGGUCUCGACGACAUUGUGAGUUUCGACGCGGCCGCAUACAUAGCCAAAGUCCGCAAGAUGGACCACGCCGAACUACGCAAACGCGAGAUCUGCAAGACCCGCCAGAUCUAUUCCAGCUCCUGGUCCAUCGGCGCCGGCGUGGGCGUUGCCUUUUUCACCGCCGGCCUCAGUCUCGUGGGCUCGGCAUACGGACUACGAAAAAUGUCGAUAGCAGAGCAAAAACUCGUCAUCGUGCAAGAAGAGCUCAAAAGCCGUGAACUGGACCUCUACAAGGAGAGGAAGCGAGACUUUUUCAUCCCUAUGGCUAUCGGUGUUGUUACGGCGGGCAUUGGGUGUGGCUCUUCGAUUGCCAUUGCGGCGUCUAGUCAUUUGCCGACUCAUGAGAUCAGCUCUGCUGCUGUGCAUCAUAUCAUUUCGGAGCCCAGUGCUGCUGUACACGGUAUUACUGAGGGUGCACGCGAACAAGCUGAUUCGGUGCUCGGCACUCAUGUCUUUGAAUCUGCUGCAAAUUGCACAACCACCGAUGUGUACGCCUUUUCCACUGGAUAUCAAGUUGGAGUCAACGCCGCAUCUUUCGCCAUCAAGGAAGCCAUAGUGGAAACUGUUGAUCUCGGAGCACAGAAAAUGACCAAGGAGGCAUAG